GUCUUCCUGCCAUUUCUCACAGGAUGCCGCCUGCCAACAAAAGACAAAAGCUCUCUGCAGCAAAACAUAACGUCAAUGCUCCAACCAAAAAGUCAGAGGACUCGGCGGGCUCAGAAAACGACGACUCAGGCUCUGGCUCAGAUGCAGGGGACGGCGAAGUUUCAGGCAGCGACGAAGACGACUCGCCCAACACCGACGACGAAAUCGCCGGCGCCACACGUCCUAAAUCCAAGAACACUGCCAAACGAAAGUAUCGUGCUACGGAUGCGUCAAAUCUCGGUGCCACCCUCCAGACUUUGCUCAGCACGGAUGCUCCCUCCACACAACCUCUUUCUCUGAAACCCUCGCUCGCUCGGAAACGCAACGAUGAGAAGUUGGAGCUGAAGGCGAAGAAAGCGCUGAAGACGGAGAAGAAGGAUAAGGAGGAUAAGGGAAGAGUCAAGGAUGUGAUAGGUGGAUGGGGAGCGGAGAGCGAGAGGGCGUUGAGGAAGGUUGCGCAGAGAGGAGUGGUAAAACUGUUCAACGCCAUACAGCAAUCACAGGCCUCUGCUGCUGUCGCUGUCGAGGAAACGAAGGCGAGCAGAGGUUCGGGAAAACCGACACUCCCGGCACCGUCGUUCGAAAAGAAUAUCAAGGGUAGUAAGAAGGCUAAAAAUAAAGACAACCCCCUUGGAAGAGGGAAAGAGACUACUCUUGGUCAGGACGAUUUCCUAGACAUGAUCCGCUCGGGCGUCGUCUCCAAAGCUUGACCAUGUCUCCGCUGGAGCUUUGAUCGUCUCCUCGUUACCUUCCGAGUUGAUCCCUUGAUACCGAACUCACAAAGUUUGGUGGCCCGCCGACAUUCAUUGGUCGGAGUGGUGUUUCGGUGCCACGAGUGAUCAAGGAUACACCGUUCAGUCGGUUUUCCUUUGGCUCCUUCGACCUCCUCACCUUCUUCAUCCUGCUCUGCUUGUACCCCUCCAUUGGGACCCACUCCUGUCCAGUCAAUUUUGAUGUUACUCCACUAGGAAAGGUUACGAUCACUAGCCCAUCACGGCUUUAUGCCAGCUUGCCUCCUUCGAGUACAAAGGUCUGCUGGCGUGUGCCUGUUGGGCAGCACUUGUGGCAAAGUGUACCAAGCCUACAGUCGUCAUCAGCGUUCGUU